AAGAGGCGGCCAUCUUGGGCUCCCUCGCCGGGGCUGUGCGUGUGCGAGCGGCGAGGGUGGGGGGGGAGGGAGGCAAGCCAAGCCAAGGCUGGGGUAAGGGAGUGACUCGCUCCUUUGCGGAAGUGGUGCCUUCACUCCCCCAGAGUGGAAGAAGGAGAGAGAAAGAGAGGCCCGUGGGGUCGUCGGCACCUUUCCUCAGCGGCGUCUCAAACCCGUGGAGGAUGGCAGGGCGGCUCCCGGCCUGCGUGGUGGACUGUGGCACCGGAUAUACCAAACUGGGAUAUGCUGGUAAUACAGAGCCACAGUUCAUCAUUCCUUCAUGUAUUGCCAUCAAGGAAUCAGCCAAAGUUGUUGAUCAGGCACAAAGAAGGGUUAUGAAAGGUGUGGAUGACUUAGACUUCUUUAUCGGGGAUGAAGCAAUAGAAAAACCCACAUAUGCAACAAAGUGGCCCAUUCGCCAUGGCAUAGUUGAAGAUUGGGACUUGAUGGAGAGAUUUAUGGAACAAGUUAUCUUUAAAUAUUUAAGAGCAGAACCUGAAGACCAUUAUUUUCUUUUGACUGAACCUCCUCUAAAUACUCCAGAAAACAGGGAAUAUACUGCUGAAAUCAUGUUUGAAUCCUUCAAUGUUCCUGGGCUUUACAUUGCUGUUCAGGCUGUCCUUGCUUUAGCUGCGUCUUGGACAUCAAGACAAGUAGGAGAACGGACACUGACUGGAACGGUUAUAGAUAGUGGGGAUGGUGUCACUCAUGUCAUUCCUGUGGCUGAAGGUUAUGUAAUUGGUAGCUGUAUCAAACAUAUUCCAAUAGCCGGACGAGAUAUAACUUACUUUAUUCAGCAGCUGCUAAGAGAACGAGAAGUAGGAAUCCCUCCAGAGCAAUCAUUGGAAACUGCUAAAGCAGUCAAGGAACGUUUUAGUUAUGUCUGUCCAGACUUAGUGAAAGAAUUUAAUAAAUACGAUAUAGAUGGUACCAAGUGGAUUAAACAAUAUACUGGAAUCAAUGCUAUCUCAAAGAAAGAAUUUACCAUUGAUGUUGGCUAUGAAAGAUUCUUAGGGCCAGAAAUCUUCUUUCAUCCUGAGUUUGCUAAUCCAGACUUCACACAGCCCAUCUCAGAAGUAGUAGAUGAAGUUAUUCAGAACUGUCCUAUUGAUGUUAGACGCCCACUGUAUAAGAAUAUUGUCCUUUCUGGAGGCUCAACAAUGUUCAGGGAUUUUGGACGGCGUUUGCAGCGGGACUUGAAAAGGACUGUGGAUGCUAGACUGAAACUCAGUGAAGAACUGAGUGGUGGCAGACUGAAGCCAAAACCUAUUGAUGUACAAGUUAUUACUCAUCAUAUGCAAAGAUAUGCUGUUUGGUUUGGAGGAUCAAUGCUGGCUUCCACACCUGAGUUCUACCAAGUAUGCCACACCAAAAAAGAUUAUGAAGAAAUUGGUCCUAGCAUCUGUCGUCACAACCCAGUUUUUGGAGUUAUGUCUUAAAUCUGACAUUUAAUGAAUUGAGUUUAGCGAGGCAAGAAAAUGGUCUUUCUCAGUGCUUGUUUGUCUGGAUGGUCGGUAUUAAGAUAAGAAACAUGACUUGAAAAUAAGAAAAAAAAAGACCAAACACAAUUAAACAGGAAUAUUUUAAUAACUGUCUCAACAUGCUGAUAUAGUGGGAAGCCAAAACAAUUCAAAGUGUUUUUUUCUUUUGACUGAAUAUUUGAAGCUGUGCAUAAACAAAACAAAAGGAGUUGGUCUUUGUUCUUUUUGUGCCCUAAUAUUUUGUAUAUUAAUGGAAUAUCCAAGAUUUGAUGGGAUUUGAUGGUAUGUAGAUAGUCAGCUCUAUAAUUCUUCUAUUGUACUCUUAAUUGUGUACAAUGCAAGAGCCUGUUUAUAUUUCCUACUUUUUUAUACAUUGAGAAAAAAAUAUCAGUGAUUGAAAGUAAUGUUAAUAUUCGACAGAAAAAAACACCAGUGACCAAUUGGAGGGGAAUGUGAAAAUUAAUAAUGCCCACAUGGAGUUUCAUCAUGUAAAUCUCUAAUAAUGUCAAAAUAUGACCAAUCUUCCACUUGCAUUCCAUACAUAAUGCAACUUGGCAAAUGCUUUUGGACCUGAGGGACUAGAAUCUUGGAUUAAGUGAUGCCUGCUAGUGCUUUCUGAUUAUUCGGUGCAUUUUCAUUCUAUUUCUUGCUUGGGGGAAGGGGUGGGAAAGUAAAGACAAGACUGUUGGACAAGUAUUGCAGUUCUGUAGUGUCAUUUCUAAUUGCAACCAAAUAUUCCGAUUAUGAAAAUGGGUGUAUUCCACCAUUCCAAUAAAGACACAACAUUCUUUUUUAAUAUUCAUGUGAGGCCUUUCAAUUUCGUUGUUUAAUCAUUUGUGAAGGUCCUUCUAAUCUGCAAUUACAGUUUCUCACUCCCUAAUUUGGAAAAUAUGAGAGGAGAUACAUGUAUGCAAGUGGUGUGUUAUCUAUUUAAUAGCAUAAUGCAGUUUUAGAAGCGUAAUUCUAAUUAAAUAUAUGUUUUUCAUGAGAUUUUGGUAAAUAAAGCUGUUGCAUUCCUGGCGUCUUGUGUCACAGAUUUGAUACUGUAACUCAAGAGAAUCAAGUAUAAGAACUAUAUUAAUGGUAUGUCUAGUCAGAAGCAGACCUGGUGGGGCUGAAUAUCAAGUAUGUAGAGUAUGUAAAAAUGGAAGUAUUGCUGCGUUUAACAAAGCUUUUCUUGACUGGAAGCCUUGAACAGAGAAAGUUCCUGAUCAUUCAGAAUUAUAGUUAAAUUUCCAUCUUAAACUUUUGGGUAAGUGUGGGGUGGUCAUAACCGGAGACUGGAAUUUAAAGUGCAUCCUGGCUGUGAUCUAUCUUUAUAAAUAUUGAAUGUCUGAACAAAAUUAUAACAAAGUAUGACAUCUGAAUCUAGAAUUAUGUUAGAUGUGCUCACACAAUGCAGGAUAAUAAGCUUGCUAUGAACUAGGGUUUAUUAAGGGCUUACAAAUCCAUCUCAAAAUCUAAUUUUUUUAAAAAUAGUUUUUAUUCAAGUUUAAAAAUGCAGAGAUAAAAAAACUAAUGCAAAGCAAGAAAAAAACAAAACGAAAACAAAAAAGUGCAGAGACAAAAAUGGGAAGGGAAGGAAGAACAAAAAAUGAAUCAAAAUUUGGAUGUCCCAUGAAACUAUGCCCAUAGUGGUUGGUUUAUCUGCUGAUGUGAAAAAAAGAGUAAAGCAGAAAUUGGAAGCUGCAUAUAAAUGACUUCAAUCACAAGUCAGGAUUGCUUAUGUCUUACUGUAACACUUGUCUCAUAAAGAAUAGGGAUUUCUUCAUAGUAUCACAGACUGAACUAUAUGUAGCCUGAAGUGAAGUAUCAUAUAUGAUGCCAAGAUCUAUUUUGUGGAUUUCUCAUGGAACCUAGGAUUAGCAAAUUGCCAUAGAUUUUUGCCAGAAGAUACCUUUUGGUAUCUAACUCUGAUUAUCAAAAAACUCACCAGAAAGAAGAAGUUGUGCUUCUGUGUAUUUAAGAUUAAAUUAUAUUUUUUUUCAGUGAGUUUAGUUUAAAAAUCAAGGAUAUUUAUAUAAAAUCUUGAUUUUAAGGCCAGUUAUGGGGAAGGGAUGUCCAUUAAAUGUAUGUUUACAUAAGUGAUAUAUGUAUGUCAAUUGCAUGAUUAUAGAAAUGAUAUAAUUACAUAAUUUGCAUAAUUAUACAGAUCAAGCAAAUUGCAUCAGUUACAUAAUUAUGGAACUUGACAUAAAUAAUGUUACUUGUCUGAACUGCUUACAAUGGACAUUGGGGGGCUAAUAUGACUGAACAGGGAUUCAUAAAACCUUGCAUCAAACUGAAUAAUGAUUUACUUAACAUCUGGAGAAACAGUACUUUACUUCAGGAGCUGCCAGCUCUUAAUUCUGAAAAAGUCAAUGGUGUUACACAUCAGUCCUAUACAGAUUUGCACAGAAGGAAGUUCUAUGUUACACAGUAAUUCAGUAGGACUCACAUGGAAUUCUUUGUGGUCAAGUUUGCACUCUUGGUCUUCAAGUAAAUAAGUCUUGUUUAUUUUUGCAUUGUAGAGAUGAUGCUAAAACCUGUUCCUCAUCUUCAGUUCUUCAAACCUUGUGUUAUAAUCUUGGUUUGUAAAAUCAACUUUAGUUGCCAGCUGAUACGAUUAGUUGGUAAUAAACCUGUGUUUAUAGCAAUUAAAAUUAUUUAAAUGCUUAUACAGAAAUAAAAAGAAUCAAAUAAGG